UUCAUGCUAAUUUGUUUUGUAUUUGCAGUUCCAAUGAUUUUAAUAAAAAUGGUUAUAAAUUUAGAAAUUAAACAUCUCAAACGUCUUCUCCAAGAGCACUUUUUAUGGCAUUUUAUGAAACUUGACUUGGAUAGUUUAUUCUUUUGGUAUGAUGGUACUUAUACCAUAAUAAAGACAACUUAUAAAAAAAGACAAAACUUGUUACAGGAAAAGCUGUUAUCUAUUUAUGGUGCUGCUGUCCAUAAUUGCCAUUCUAAAUACGUUAGCUUUGGUGGGGUAUGGUUAUUCCUGCACAUCAAAGACAGAAGCAGAACGUAUAAAUUUCGGCGUGAAACUGCAGCACGCCCUCCUGGAAUUCUCUGAUUCUUUUUUUGCCACAUAUGAAAGAAGAAGAAGAGGUAGCAGCAUUUUCAUUUGUAAAAACUGAUUUUUAAGCCUGUGAAUAUGCAUGCUGAGAAAAUUGUCUUUUUACUUUUAGACUAGCUUUCUCCAAUGCUCUUAAACAUUUUUACUUACAUUUGCUGUUAUACACAUAUUUUGGUUGAUUCAAUAUCAGUAAAUCUUAUUCAAUUAAUAAAUGUUGUUGUUAAUAAAUGAGCAUAUUAACUUAUGUAUCCAUAUUCCGUCCCAAAAUUAUUAGAUUAUUAUUCUUUGUUUAUUAAUAUAUUUCUCACCUCUCUAGAAAUUGUUAAACAUUUUUAUUUGAAAUAAUUUUUAAAAUUGUAUGUCUUUAUCUGAAAAGUAUUGUCUCUUGAGUGAUAUAUAGAAAAGAAAUAAUUGAAAUGAUUAACCAUUUGCACCCCCUUUUUUCGUUGUUGUGGUUUUACCUUUAUUGGAAUUUAUUUAGUAUUCUUUGCCCUAAAGGGUGCACAGUUUAUCUGGGGAACAACUAAUUAGCAUUGAACCACCUGAUCGAAAUAAAUACUAACAUUAUUUAUAA